AGUUUGGGACCGGAGCAGGGCCCGCGCGGGGAGCAGUCCUCUGGUGUUGGUUUCGGGAACACCUUGGCACGCCUGGGGCCGCUCACAUGGUGGCCUCGGGCGGAGUCCACGUGUUCCCAGGGCUAGCAAGGGGCUUCAGGCGCGUUGCUCUCCGCCCUGCGCCCAGCCUGGUGCUGGGGGACGGGCUCCCGGCGGCAGGCCUGGGCGGCGCUAAGAGACCAUGGCGAGUCCAGGGAAAGACAAUUAUCGAAUGAAGAGCUAUAAGAACAAUGCCCUAAACCCUGAGGAAAUGAGGCGAAGAAGAGAGGAAGAGGGCAUUCAGCUCCGGAAGCAGAAACGUGAGCAACAGCUUUUUAAACGGAGAAAUGUGGAGCUGAUUAAUGAAGAACCCGCCAUGUUUGAUAGUCUUCUCAUGGACUCCUAUGUGAGCUCGACCACGGGGGAGAGUGUGAUCACAAGAGAGAUGGUGGAGAUGCUCUUUUCUGAUGAUUCUGACCUACAGUUAGCAACCACACAGAAAUUCCGGAAACUGCUUUCCAAAGAGCCUAGUCCUCCAAUAGAUGAAGUUAUCAACACUCCAGGAGUGGUGGAUCGGUUUGUGGAGUUUCUGAAGAGGAAUGAGAAUUGUACAUUACAGUUUGAAGCUGCUUGGGCUCUAACGAAUAUUGCCUCUGGAACCUCUCAGCAGACCAAAAUUGUCAUUGAAGCAGGGGCAGUCCCUAUUUUUAUAGAGCUGCUUAACUCGGACUUUGAGGAUGUACAGGAACAGGCAGUCUGGGCACUGGGAAACAUAGCUGGAGACAGCUCCGUUUGCCGUGAUUACGUCUUGAACUGUUCUAUCCUUAAUCCUUUGUUAACACUUCUUACCAAAUCCACACGACUGACAAUGACACGGAAUGCAGUCUGGGCCCUGUCAAACCUCUGCCGAGGGAAGAACCCACCCCCAGAGUUUGCAAAGGUCUCUCCUUGUUUGCCUGUACUGUCUCGCCUACUCUUCAGCAGUGAUUCAGACUUACUGGCAGAUGCUUGCUGGGCACUUUCUUAUCUGUCUGAUGGCCCAAAUGAGAAGAUCCAGGCUGUCAUAGACUCUGGAGUCUGCCGGAGAUUGGUAGAGCUGCUAAUGCACAAUGAUUACAAAGUGGCUUCUCCUGCCCUGAGAGCCGUGGGUAACAUCGUCACUGGGGAUGACAUCCAGACCCAGGUCAUUCUUAACUGUUCAGCCCUCCCUUGCCUUCUCCACUUGUUGAGCAGCCCCAAGGAGUCAAUCCGGAAGGAAGCUUGCUGGACCAUUUCAAAUAUCACUGCUGGCAACAGGGCUCAAAUACAGGCUGUUAUAGACGCAAAUAUCUUUCCUGUGUUGAUCGAAAUCCUUCAGAAAGCAGAGUUCCGUACAAGGAAAGAGGCAGCCUGGGCCAUCACCAAUGCCACCUCAGGAGGGACCCCUGAGCAGAUCAGGUACUUGGUCUCACUGGGCUGCAUCAAACCCCUGUGCGACUUGCUGACAGUAAUGGAUUCGAAGAUUGUGCAAGUGGCCCUCAAUGGACUUGAGAACAUCCUGCGACUUGGAGAGCAAGAGGGCAAGCGCAGUGGCUCAGGGGUCAAUCCCUACUGUGGCCUCAUUGAGGAAGCCUAUGGCUUGGAUAAAAUUGAGUUUCUCCAGAGCCAUGAGAACCAGGAGAUCUACCAGAAGGCCUUCGACCUCUUUGAGCACUACUUUGGUGUGGAAGAUGAUGAUAGCAGCCUGGCUCCCCAAGUGGAUGAAACGCAACAGCAAUUCAUCUUCCAGCAGCCUGAGGCCCCUAUGGAGGGCUUCCAGCUAUAAUAUCUGCCUCCGGGGAGGGGAGGGGAUGAGAAGCACCAUCAGCCAGUGGAAGAGCAGCCCUCUGGUGGGCGGGAAACCAGCCCCCCCACCAUCAGCCACCACACACCUCUGCUGCCCUGGAGACUGUGCUCUUGACCUGCUCCGCCCCCUUCCCUGGAGGGAUCACCCUCUGGACAGACAGAACCAUCUGAGGCUCACAUGUGGGUUUUGUGACAAGAAGGGGAUGUGUUGGGUUUUUCUUCCUUACACUAUAUUUUGGCUGCAUACAUGUCUUUAACCCAGGAGCCCAGGGGUAGACAAAGGAGGACUAAGGUAAUCAAUUUGCACCUUUUUUUAAUUUUUCUUUUUUUCUUUACUGGUGACUUCCUUCCCUUUUAUCUUUUUACAUCCUUCCCAGUCCUCUGCCCUGAUCUGUGUAACUCUUAUUUUGGGUACUUGAGCAGAUGGAAUACUCCAGAGGUGGGAGGUGGGAGGGGGAGGGAGAAAUCCAAAACAAAGUUUUCUUGCUCUGACAGAAUAUUAAUCUUGUAUGCUUGGAUUGAGUUAUUUAAUUUUUUCCUUUUGCACAUUUUUCUUGUAUUAAGAUUGCUCUUCCCAAGAGCCAUGAGUUCCUGGUUUUAGGAAUCCCAGCUGCCAGCAUUGUCUGGGACUAUAGGCUAAUGGGGAGGCUACCAUGAAGCAAAGGUCCCCCCUCCCUCUAUCCUCCUGCCCAGACCUCUUUAGUUUGGGAGAUCCCCCUUUCUCCUGGGGCAAGUACACCAGUGGGAGUGGAGGGGAGGAGCACCAGCCUUCAUAGGGGGUUUCCCAUGUGUAGCUACUGAUCCUAUGUUUCCUACCCACCUUCCAAAUGGUGCGACCCAACUUCAUUUGUUUACUUGAAAAUUCUCCUCGGGGUUGAGUGAACCUCUGAGGUGACUGUAUUUUCUCCUGAGCUUGAGAUGGGGAGGCUGUAAUCCUUCCUUUCUCCUGAGGAGAAAGUCCUUGCUCUUUAAGUUGCAGAGGAGGUUGGAGUGAGAGUGUCAUGUAUUGGGAUAGUCAGGGAUCCCUGCCUUUGGCCUUUCUUCUUCCUCUUCCAUAGUUGGAUCAUGUAUAUUUUACUUCCAAAGGAGAGAAUGUCAAAAAGUUCUGUAUUUUUUUAUAUUCUAUAUAUUAGGUAGGUCAAUCUUAAUUGGUCUCAAGAGGAAGAACUGUCUGUAAUUUUGUAAGUAGGAUACUGCGAGGAAGAUCAGAAAGAGAUGUGGAUGCUUCCUUGCUCAGGAGGCUUGAGCUUGGUCCUUUUCCUCUCUGCUUAUAUUCUGGACCACCACCUGGGACCAGCCCUCAGCUCUGGAACCUUCCUAAAGCAGGUCAGCCUGGUCUGUCCCAGUACCUGAAGGGAGCAAGAAUGGCUUUAGGCCCUGGUGAAGUCUACCACCUUAGUCCUUACUGUUGAGAAUCCUACUUAUAUCAUGAAACCCAGAAAGCAAUUUGCCUUCUCAAAUUCAAUCUCAAAGGCUGUUGUCCACAUACAUUAUCACAGAUGGCUGCCUCUCCCAUUAUCACAGAAGCUUAGCAGCCUGAAAACUCUUGUAAGAGUUGUUGGUAUCUUCUCUGUUUGAGAUCCUUGCACCUGGUUUGGGUUUUCUCUUCCUUGUGACAGUUAGAAUCCAGAUGCCUUUUCUUUCUCUUUGAGUAAAGCUUGGGCAGUGCCUCAGUGGCUUACCUGUGCCUACUGGUGGAUUACAUAUGAUAGUAAAGACCAGCUGUUGGGGAUGAGAGUAGAAGUUGUCAGCUGAGUGUAGCCCAACUGUGGAGCUAAAGGCUCAAUUUGCCCCACCUCCCCAGGGUGGCCAGUCAGAGGUGUCCUGCUCCAAGCUAAGCUUUUCCUUCCCAGAAACUGCCAUUCCUGCUCCCAUUCCUACACAUCUUCUGGCUCAGGUGAAAUCUAUGCCCCUCUACUUACAGAUCUUCAGUUCAGGUACUUAUUUUUGGCCGUUGGCCUUGAAUUUGUCCUCUCCUAGUGUUGCGGUCCCACUCCAAAGCCAUUUUCUGAGGAAGAUGGUUUAGGGCUGGCAAUGAUCACUGAAAAACCUCACCAGUGUUAUACCUACCAUCUUGGUGAGUCAGAUGCCACUUAUCAGCUUGAGAAUGAUAACUACCAACCCCCAGUCUCCAGGAGGAUGGGGGCAGAACCUUUUUUCACUUGGCCUGCUACCUCUAUUAUAAACUAUUCUCUUACAGUUCAAAGAAAAGCCCUUCCCCCAGUCCCCACCCAUCAUCCUGUCCAAAAGGCAGAGCAAUUUAGUAGGAUCUACUUUGUACAUCUCGAGCAUCAGUUAAUUCCCUACACUUGGGGCCAAAUCCUUAGUGAGAAACUUACACAUCCUGCUUUCUCAACUGUUCCUCCAAAAUCUACUUUGGUUUCAGCUCUUGGUCCUGUACCAGAUGGAAGACUCUCUUCUUGGUCAUCUGGCUGCUGCUUAAAACCAGUUUGCCUUAUGGACAUCAGAGGCAUAAUGUGAGAACAUUUCUCAUCAGAGAAAAAUGCCCUUGAGAAGCUUUUAGUUGUGUCUUUCCCAGACCACAUUUUACCAUGAUCUUCCUCUAACCCCUUAGACCAGCAGGUGAAGCUCUUCCAGCCCACAGAGUCAGUCAUGUCUUUUAGCUCUCCUCUCCUUUGGCCAUCUUGAGGAAUAAAAUAUUUCUAUAGUCCGUACUUGAGAGUCAUUCUUCAUGGGCAGCCCCCAUCUGGACCAAGACCUGACCUAAGUGAGGUCAAAGGCUUUUUGGCAGAUUUCUGGUUGUUGCCAGGAUAGAGGGGCUCCCCAGCCUGCUGUAGGGAAUAGCCUGAUGAGUUGAGGCGUGUUUUUGGAAUACUUGUGUAUUGUCAUAUGGCUGGUACAUACAUUUUAAGAUCUCUGGUAGGGGUGGAGGUACCUAGGUGUGUAUUCAGAGGGACAAGGAGCCACUUUCCUGGCUAAUGUAUUCAAAAACUGUUUUGCGCAGCACCAGCUAUUCUUUAUGGCUGGUCUCUCUAGACAUCCCACCCCUAAAUCAUCUUCUCUAGUACUAACCAGGGUCUGUAGUCUUAGAAGCCUGCCUUCAGUUCCCAGCUAUCCCCAGUAGUCUGGCCUUGAUGUUGACUGCAACCUUCUGGUAGAACCACAUGGGUUCCACCCUUGGCUUGCUAGCCUGGGUACUUGGGUCAGAGGGCACAAAAGAGCCCUCCAAAGAUCAGGUGUUGAUGACUUCAGUUUUCAGGGACACUUGGUGUUUCCCCUUAGAAACCUUAGAUCUACUCCUUCGCCUCUCUGCCUUGGAAGCUGUUUUCCAGGAGCCAUAUUUUUUUGGAGCUUAACUACACAGAUAUAGCUGCUAUUAUAUUUAGUUAAGGGAGAGGACAAGAAGGCUCUUAGGCACAGUCUUUUUGUUUCUUUCAAGCCAAACCAGUUUAAAAUGAAAACUAACAGAAUAAUCUAUAUUUCUAUUUUCUCAUGUCUGCCUGCCUUCCUCCCACACCCUAAAGUUGUACCUGUUUCUAGCAAACUAGAAGGAAAGACAGGAAAGCCUAGCAAUACUAACCUCGUCCACAUGCCUCUCUUUGAAGGCCCCAGCUCUAUUUUCAGAUCUCUUCUCUCCUAGACUUACUCAGCUUGGUAUCCAUCAUCUUGGGUAUUCCUUAGUAGUUUCAUUUUGGGCUCAGAUUCUAGAGUCUUAGUUGAAGACAGGGAGCCAGUUUCUCCAGGUCCUUGCAGGCAGUCCAGGGACACCCAGUAGGGAGAAAAGGCUGGCUAGGCGCCUCAGGAAUGUGUGUCUGCCUCCCUGCUAGCCUAAGGAAGAGUGCAAGGCUUAGUGCACUGAACCAUAGGAAACAUCUUCCAGGUAUUACUGCCCUAGAAGUUAGGGAGUAUGAGACAGAUUGCUCAGAAUAAAUUUCUUCCACAGCCAUUUAGGAUUGCACAUUCAAGACCAACCUUGUUCGGUAUUUUAACUAUUUUAGCUUCUGAAUUAUUUUGUUAAGCCAACAAGCUGAGAAUUUGGCCUUACUGGAUCCAUGUGGUAGGUACUAGCUGCUCUCUGGUCAAGACCUUCAUAAGUGAUUCAGUCAUCCCAUUGUCUAUCCUCUAGACCCACCCCCAGAUUAAGACUAUGGCAAGGGGAAAAUUGGAGGUCAAGACCAACCAAAUCUGUGAAUUAAAGCUGUUAUUUUUCUGCUGGAAGGCCAUUUUGCUUCAGGCUUGGGCUAUGUGCAGAACUAAAGCUGGCUGUGAGAGAAGAGGCAGCAUUAAAUUUUGGGCCCAGAACAAUCAUGAGAAAAGUUUGUAUGUUGUGGCUUCAGUGGGCUUGGGCCUCCCUGGCUACUUCUGGGCCAGCCUGACUUCUGAUGUCCACAUUAGUCCAUACCUGAACUUCACUGUUAAAUGCUAGCCCUCCUCUCCUGUAACUGUAUACCAUGCCCUGGGGGCAGUGAAAGAAGUAAGAAGAGCUCAGAGAUCCUGAGACUGGCUGGGGACCUCUGACUCAGAGAAUGUCCUUAAAGAAUCCACAUAUAGAUGAGGUCCUGAGGUUGGGCAUUGGCUUUUUUAGCCUGCUUUUGAGAACUGCCAUUGACUGACCUAUAGAAGAAGGAAAGGGGGGGAUGAGGGUCCUAGCCACCCAGCAGACGGAAUGUCCCCCAAGAAUAAUAGCUUGAGUUUUCAGCUGUGAACCUUAGGAAGGUGAAUCAAAUCCUUCUCACUAGCUUUUCUUUGCAAAUUCAUUUGCUUUUAUUUUUCUAAGAACUAUAAACUCUGGCUAUUUUCCAUGUUCUCAGGGCCCCUGGGUAGACAGACAAAGCUUGAUGAUUUCAGAGCAGACACAGGCCAAGAAACCAUGGCAUUGAGUGUGCUGAGUCCAGACAAAUGAUAUUUAUAUACACAUCCAAAUUUGAAGAGAAAAUGUAUUUCUUUAGGUUUCAAACACUGUAAUAGAUAUAAAGCAAAAAAAUAAAGACCUGUUGCAAAGUUCUAAA